AUGAAGAGCCUCGCUUACCUCACGCUCGUGUUCUCUGCAGUCCAUGCAGGCCUGCUAAGAGAAAGACAAACCUGCCCACAGGUGUGUGCCGCCUCUCAGUGUCCUGCCCCACCGCACGCGUGUUACUACGGCCAGGUGAAAGACAUCUGCGGCUGCUGCGUGGUGUGUGCGGCCGGGGAAGGUGAAGCGUGCGGGAAGCGCAGCAGCGGCCACCUGUCGUGCGGUAACGGGCUACGGUGCGACUCAAGCCCGGGGAAAGCCGGAGGGUUCCACAGCCUGUGCGUGUGUGCCUCCUCCGGCCCGGUGUGUGGCAGCGACGGCAGGACGUACCCCAGCAUCUGCCGCCUGAGAGCCGAGAACAGGAGAGCCGAGCUCGGAGAGACCUCGCCAGUGUUUUUAAUCCAGAGGGGUCGGUGUGACUCUGGGGCACAGCAUCCAGGAAGUAUACGCUACAAGUUUAACUUCAUUGCAGAUGUGGUGGAUAAGAUUGUCCCAGCUGUGGUACACCUGGAGCUUUUUCAAAGAGUGCCAUUUUCCAGUGAGGAUGUCUCCGUGUCGAGUGGCUCUGGGUUUAUAGUGUCAGAGGAUGGCUGGAUUGUCACAAAUGCUCACGUGCUUGCCAACAAACAGCGGAUAAAAGUUGAGUUGAAAAGCGGCGUGCAUUAUGAUGCUGCGGUCAGGGAUGUGGAUCAGAAGAUGGACAUCGCUCUCAUCAAAAUCAAUCCAGAUGGUCCCUUGCCCGUGCUGCGUCUCAGCCAGUCCUCAGACCUGCGUCCAGGUGAAUUUGUGGUGGCAGUAGGAAGCCCUUUCUCUCUGCAGAAUGUCACCACUGGCAUUGUCAGCACUGCCAAUCGCAACAGCCUAGAACUGGGCUUUAAGGACUCUGACAUGGACUACAUCCAAACUGACGCCAUUACAAAUUAUGGAAACUCUGGUGGACCGCUUGUCAACUUGGAUGGAGAUGUAAUAGGCAUAAAUACUCUGAAAGUGGCAGCUGGAAUUUCUUUUGCCAUCCCUGUGGACAGAAUACGUCAGUUUCUUGCCGACUCCUACAACAGACAAGCCAGCGGAAAUUCACUACCAAAAAAGAAAUUCAUAGGUGUCCGGAUGGUACAGCUCACACCAUCUUUAAUCCGAGAUCUCAAGGAACGUGAGCCAGAAUUUCCAGAUGUGAGCUCAGGUGUUUACAUCUAUGAGGUAAUACCUGGAACAGCUGCAUCCAGGGGAGGUAUGAGUGAUCAUGACGUCAUCAUUGGCAUCAAUGGACAGCCUCUCCACACCACUCAGGAAGUGAGCGAUGCCAUCAGGCACAGCACCUCACUCUUUGUUUUGGUGAGGAGAAAGGAUGGGGAUGUUACGCUAAUGAUCAUCCCUGAAGAAACUGACUGAUACCACUGUCUGUCUGCAAGUAGCUGGGUUUCCAUCCAAUUGUACUGUGCAUUUCCAAAAAGCAGAAGUAUAAGAAUUAGCAGUGCCAAAAUGCUGCAACAUGCUAUUACCUUAGUUUUAUGGUUUACCUUUAGGAUGGUUACAGUUUCCUCAUCAUAGAAAAGAAGAUGGUUUUGUUAUAGUUUGAGGCAGUUUGAUUCUCAGUUAAAGUGUAAUGACUCUUUGCUUGUUUUACUUUGCUUUCAAAAUUGUUAGAAUUCUGAAACAAUUCACAAGUCCAGAAGAGCAAACAGUUGGAUAUCAGUUGGAACAGGGCACCAGUGACACCAUAAGAUCUUUCAAUUAUGUAACAUGUUCAAAAUACCAUAGUGGCA